AUGGAUUCCCAACGGGAGGACCUGAGCCUCCAUGGUGUGUGGGUCUCACUGUACUUUGGAUUCCUGGGGCUGUGUUCUGUGGUAACCGGUGCGUGCAUUCUCUUUCUGCACUGGAGGAAGAACUCGCGGCGGGAAAAGCGUGCCCAGGAGUGGGUGGAGGUGAUGAGAGCCGCCACAUUCACUUACAGCCCGCUGCUGUACUGGAUUAACAAGCGAAGGCGCUAUGGCAUGAACGCAGCCAUCAACACAGGUCCUCCCCUUCCUGUCACCAAGACGGAGACUGAGGUCCAGAAUUCAGAUCCUCCAGGGGAGUUGGACAGGUCUGAGAGGAGCCAUGUUGUUCAAGAGAGAAGCCCCAGUGUGGAGGCUCCGGUCCUCCUGCAACCUGCAUUGCAGCUGGUUCCACAGCGGGCCCUACCUUCCCCCAUGCUGCGGCCCCGGACCAGCUUCCCUCUUCCGAUUCCCAUCUUUGAGGAGGUGCCCUUUGCCGUCUCCCUGUGUAACCUACCCCCAAUGCUGAACCACUCGGUCUCCUACCCUUUGGCCACCUGUCCAGAAAGGAAUGUCCACUUCCAUUCCCUCCCCACACUGGCCCAUGGGGACCACUGCUUCAAUGCCAAGCCUUUUGCUUCAGAAUUGUAG